AUGAAUAAGAAAAAAAAUUUGCAGGGUUUGGUUGCUUUAAUUACUGGUGGAGCAUCUGGUCUUGGAAAAGGUACUGUUGAGACUUUAAUAAAUCAUGGAUUAAAAGUUGCAAUCAUUGAUUUGCCAUCGUCAGCUGGUGCGGAAGUUGCCAAAGUUUAUGGUGAAAACUGUCUCUUCACUCCAGCUAAUGUCACAUCCGAAAAUGAAGUUGGAGCUGCGGUCGAGGUUCUACAUAAAAAAUUUGGCCGACUGGAUGUAAAUGUUAAUUGUGCUGGUAUUGCCUAUGCUAGAAAAUUGUAUAGCGUAAUGAAGAAGCAGAUGCAGAGUUUAGAUGAAAUUGAACGAACCUUAAAAGUAAAUGUAAUUGGAACUUUGAAUGUUAUCCGCUUCGCAUGUCAGUUGAUGGCUGAGAAUGAAAAAGAUGAAGCUGGGCAGCGAGGUGUCAUUAUAAACACUUCGUCAAUUGCUGCAUUUGAUGGUCAAAUUGGUCAGUCUGCAUAUUCUGCAUCAAAGGGAGCAAUUGCCAGUAUAACACUACCUUUAGCCCGUGAUUUCGCUGAAGAUGGAAUACGAUUCGUGGCUGUUGCCCCUGGUAUUUUUGAUACUCCCUUAGUUAAUUGUCUACCGCCAAAGGCAAUAAACUUUCUCAACAAUCUUGUGCCUAAUCCAAAACGAUUUGGGAAUCCUGUAGAAUUUGGUGCUCUUGUUCAUCAUAUUAUAGAAAAUCGCUAUUUAAAUGGUGAAGUCAUUCGAUUAGAUGGUGCAUUACGUAUGCCAGCAUAA